UUCAAAUCAACUCCUAGUGAUUUUUUUUCUUCGCUUACACCUUUCCUCUGGACACGUGCAUUUUCGUUUUUUGUUUGCAUGAACCACGCUGAAGCGAUGUUCGGAGAAAGACCGUGGCCUGACUGCAUUUACGGCAAUACGCAAGAUGGUUCCCAAUAUUCUAAUCCUUUACAAACCGAUUUUGGAUCGGUUAGUGAUGCUAUUCAAGACUAUCGCUUGAUUGCAAAUUCAUCAGUGUCCACUGCGACAUCAUUACCUCCUGUGUCACCACCACUGGAAAGUUUGUCUGACUGUCCGCUGCCAUACGGUACAAGCCCGGUGAAUUAUGGAGGACUUUUUCCAGAGCAUUUUCCCAGAUUUCUUCCAAACACUUCGGAGGAUAUUUCAGUGUAUUCUGCUCCAUCUUUCAACUUACAGUUGGAUUCGAUUGCUGGACUGCCUUCAAGCGCUGAACUUCCAAAUGACGCUUCAAUUUCAUCUCACAUGAACUUGGGUUCCGUACUGCAAGCAAAUUCUACAGCAUCUUUACUAGGGCGAAUAUCACCUUGCAAAACUACCUCACCUGAAUCAUCACUUGUCGAUCCCAUGCAAUCUGAUGCCAUGUCAGCCACUGGAAUUGAUAGCAUCGAGCAAUAUUCAUCAUCUUCAGAGGAAGGCAGUAUCGAUAUUUGCAAUCGAGCAAUCGAUAAAGACCCAAUGACUUCUCCUACGCCUUCAGCAGACAUUAGAACAGCUACUUCCUCUUCGAACAAGUUGUGCAACAGUGCCAGUGAAUCUGACAAAGGUGAGGAGUCCAGCAGCGGUGGACAAGGAGACAGUCAUCCUGAAAAGAAACGCAAAAGGAGAGUGCUUUUUUCAAAGGCUCAGACUUAUGAGUUGGAGAGGAGGUUUAGACAACAAAGAUAUUUGUCUGCUCCAGAAAGAGAGCACCUAGCAAGUAUAAUUAGACUUACUCCGACACAGGUGAAAAUAUGGUUCCAGAAUCAUCGAUAUAAAACGAAACGAGCUCGGCAAGAGAAAGGACUGGAUAUGAACCCUUUGCCUUCUCCAAGACGUGUAGCAGUUCCGGUUCUAGUACGUGAUGGUAAGCCUUGUCAGCCGCCCAUGAAUGGCCUGGUAAAACACCAGGACUCUCAUCCACAAUCAAUAGGAAUACACUCCCCACACAAUGAUUUACCACCAAUCACUUCUCUAACGUCCAUGACAUCACUGGCGGCGGCAGGUGUUACUAAUAUCAAUAACUGUGUGACGAACUCUUGCAUUAGUUCCUACAAUAUGAACAAUGUGGUACCACCAUAUAAUCCGCAUUUUAUUCAUCAUCAGCAACGUUGGUGGUAGACAUUUUUAAAGUUUGACAAAAGACAAGUAUUUUGCCAUUGUAAUAAGAGAAAGGAAUAUUCCUAUGUCUUCAAAAAGUUUAUGAAAUUUUCAUUUCGUUUUCAAAAGUAUUUUAACGAACUACUGUUAGAUCCUUCAUAAUCAAAAGUAGUGAAUUGAAACGUUUAAUAGAUAGUUUUAGACAUGACGGUGAAAAGUCCAUGGAAGGAUAGAAAUAAAGCAAUAGGUAUAUUUUUUUGCAAGUAACUGACUUCGUAU